AUGUCGUCUGGAUCCUCAUCGUCUGUCGCUGCCAGCUGGCCUGUGCCUAACUACAUCAACCCAGAGACUCGAGGUUCAGCGGGCAAGAUCGUUGGGAUCGUGCUGGUCUCUUUGGUCACUAUUAUAAUCAUCCUUCGGAUGUACACGCGACGGUUCAUUUCGAAAGGAUUUGGCCUUGAUGAUGUCCUCAUCUUGCUUGCAUUUGUGCCCGCCACAGCGUUUGCUGUUAUAGGUGUAUAUGGUGAAGUAGGUCUCCAGUGGAACAGACACAUCUGGGAUGUUGAUCCGAGACUCUAUGUUCCAUCGCUCAAGUUUAGUCUUUCUGAGUUGAUCCUCUUCGAUUUGUCAACCAGCACCACAAAGUUGUCCAUGUUGGCCAUGAUUCAUCGUGUUACAUCAAGUUCCAAGAACAAAAGAAUGAACAUCGCAGUCCUCACAGCCGCGGUUGUAAUUAGCGUGAAUGCAUUUAUCUUCAUCGUAGUAUCCAUUUUCCAGUGCAGUCCGGUUUCUGCUUAUUGGACAUUGUCCUUAAAGCCGAAGCAAUGCAUCAACGAGGCAGCACAUCUUCUGGCUGCUGGUAUCAUUAACACCAUCACAGACUUCGUCGUGGUGUUUUUACCAAUGCAGACCGUUAUUAAUUUGGAGCUGCCACGGAAGCAACGAAUCAUUGUCGUCGGACUAUUUGGUGCUGGGUUCUUGGCUUGCGCCGCUGGCAUUGUCAGAAUUUACUUCUCAUGGAUCAUGACAACUACUACCAACCAUGACACCACAUGGAACUCCUGGGCUGUGUGGUUGGCAAGUGGUAUCGAGCUUUAUGUUGGCAUUAUCUGUGCUUCAAUCCCAGCGAUCAAGCCGUUCUUCGCUACUUACCUCCCCCAAGUCAUCGACGCCAGCAUGCGCUCACGCAAGUCAUCUCGUUAUUCCAAUGACACUAAGUUGUCAAGUCCAUCAAAUAACUUCACGGGCUCCCACGCGAGCUUCCAAACCUUCAUAUACGGGCCCUCAACGCCUAACCUCUCACUCCGGCAGCCGCAGCCCGUGGCGCAAAUACAGAACGAAAGCCCACUGAGUAACGAGCUUCUCGCCGUUGGCCUCCAAAGACCAACGACGGUCCACAGGAAGUCGCCCAGCGCGGAUCUCAACAAGCCGCUCCCGACCAUCCAAUACACACAAAAACCUUCAUACCCCGCGAUGCCGCCCCUACGGACGGACUCGUCGUUCUCAAUGGAAGAGGAGGACACCGAGAGGCUCUUCUCGCCGCAGCGAAACGGUCGGAGGUUCACCGACACCUUGUCCAUCCCGGCGGCCGCGGAAGACCGCACCACCGUCUACAUAGCAUACCAGGGAGAGGACCAAGGCCGUGGCAACGUCUUCUGA